AAAUGGACCCGCCUUUCUCUCUCUGAAAAUAACCGCGGAGAAGUGAAACAGGAAACUUGUGCGCUUCACCUGCGUGCAGCUCACCGAUGCGCGAGCUCACACAAGAACAGGUUCCCCAAACUCUCAUCAGCUGCGCGGAUCCUGUUCUCCUGUCGGUUCGUCUGUCUGCAGCUCGGAGGAUAUUUCACGCAGAGAUGAGCUCCUUUUACGACCAGAAGGAGCUGGAGGAGGAGUUCGGCCGAACCGGGUGUCCUGAUGACGACCUGGAGUUUGAGUACUUGUUUGAAUAUGAGACGCCAGACGGGCGGUUUGCUGCGGGAGAUCGAGAUGACUCCAACCUCCCAUCUAACAAAGUCCUAAGUCCUGAAUCUGAGCAGGCUUUCCCUCUGGGUCAAACCUCCCCUUACAGAAUCAAGUCCUGCAGCCCCUCCUACAGCACAGAGGUUCUGUCUGGGUAUGAGAACCAAGAGGCCAGAACCUAUCUGGACAGUGCCCGGCCUGCAGGUCUAGCCCUGAGCCCUCGAAUCGAGAUCACCCCCUCCCGUGAGCACUAUUGUCACGGCAGGGAAUCCCUUCAGAACCAGCACCUGAACAUCAGCCCGAGACCCACCCUCACUGUCCCGGGUCAUGAAAACCUGUCCUACCGUGAGCCACAGUGCUUGAGUCCAGCCAGCAGCAACUCCUCCACCAGUUGGCACUCGGAGAGUUACUCCCCCUGGGCAUCCCCCUGCGUGUCCCCCAGCGGUGGCCAGAAUCCCGGAGACCUCUGCCCCCGUCUGCAGAACAUCCACACUGGCUCCCCGCGCACCUCCCCUGGCACUUCCCCUCGAACCAGUCUAACUGAGGACAGCUGCCUAGGCCCCCGCUCGCCCUCCCCCAGACCUGGCUCCCGCUCAACCUCCCCACAGGGGAAACGCACCUACGAAAUGUACAGGAAUCCAGGGUUAAUCCCAAGGCACCGCUCCCGCAGUCCCUCCCCAAGCAGCGGCCGCGAGGACCCCAACGUAGGAGCCCAAUACACACACAGCAGCCUUACCGAUGGCACGAACGGGUUCGUAACCAGUCAGCCGGGCCUGGUGCCGACCAAAUUAGUCAAGACAUCCAACCAAAUUUACACUCUGUACCCAGAUAACCACAGAGAUGGGAACUACUUGGUGUCCUGUGACCAGGACAUGAAACCCAAACAUGCUGCAGAACCUUUCUUUGUCAUCCCCCCGAUCUGGCCCAAACCGCUGGUCUCCAGCAUCUGCAGCAUCCCCGUGGCAUCACUCCCCCCCCUGGAAUGGCCCAUUCCCAGUCGCACUGACCAGUAUGAGCUCAGCGUAGAGGUGCAGCCCAAACCGCACCACAGAGCUCACUAUGAAACCGAGGGAAGCAGGGGCGCUGUCAAAGCCCCCACUGGAGGCCAUCCAGUUGUACAGCUACAUGGCUACAGAGGCAAGGAGCCGCUCGGCCUGCAGAUUUUCAUCGGAACGGCAGACGAGCGAAUCCUCAAGCCUCACGCUUUUUAUCAAGUCCACAGAAUCACUGGCAAGACCGUCACCACCACCAGCUUUGAGAAGAUUAUGAAUGGCACCAAAGUCCUGGAGAUCCCACUGGAGCCAAAGAACAACAUGAAAGCAAUAAUCGACUGUGCCGGGAUUCUGAAGCUCAGAAAUGCUGAUAUUGAGCUGAGGAAGGGUGAAACAGAUGUUGGCCGGAAAAACACCCGAGUUCGUCUUGUGUUUCGCGUGCACAUACCUCAGCCUGGAGGACAGCAUGUCUCUCUCCAGGCGGCCUCGCAUCCCAUCGAGUGCUCCCAGCGCUCAGCUCAUGAGCUUCCCAUGGUGGAGAAGCAGGACAUGGACAGUUGCUCCGUUCUGGGUGGACAGCAGAUGAUCCUCACUGGGCAGAACUUCAGCUCUGAUUCAAAAGUGAUUUUUCUGGAGAAAACUCAGGAUGGGCAGCAGAUCUGGGAGAUGGAAGCAACCGUUGAUAAAGACAAGAGUCAGCCUAGUUUGCUGUUUGUGGAGGUGCCGCCGUACCGGGACACAUCUGUUUGCCAUCCUCUCAAAGUGAACUUCUACGUCAUCAACGGCAAGCGAAAGCGCAGCCAGCCUCAGCAUUUCACCUUCACUCCUCUGGCAUCUCCAUCCAUAAAGACGGAGCCUGAAGAUGAGUACGAAGCAGACCAUAUGGGCUUCGCCAUGCCUCAGAUUCUGGGGUUAUCGCCUCACCCGUACUACCACACUCCACGUGGUGUCCUUCACCCGGACAACGAUCUGGUCUCCAGCAUGGCUUCCUGUCAGCGUCUCAGCUCCAGCCUUCCAAGCCAAGACACACGUUUCCCACAGCAGAGCCCGGCUAUCAUCUACUCCCGUGGGGGGAAGAGUAUGAAUAGCAGCUCUGGUGUUUGGCAAACGGGAGGGAUUAUGCCUGACCCCCACUGCUCAGUCCUGGUCCACACAGGUUCACCGGGUCAGUCUGCAGGUCCACUUAGUUCAGGCCAACACCCGCCCAUCAUCCAAUUCUCUCCCACCAGCCACCACCUGCUCCGGCCAGGAGAUACUCCCAUCCUCCCUUCUCCUCCUCAGCUUGAUAGCCAGCAGAUCAUCUAUUGCGACGGAUACCAUGAACAAGCUCCGACGCCUCCAGAGGCUCAGCACGGUCCCACGGUGAUUCAGCAGCAGCCGUACGGUCAGAAAGAGCAGCAGAAGGUCCGGGCCCCAUCUGGGAUCGGUCAGAUGGAGGCUCCUGGAGACGGACAGAGGAGGGUUACGGUGAAGGAAGAGAACUUGGACCAGGCCUACCUAGAUGAUGGUGAGUUGAAUGAGAUCAUUCGAAAGGACCUGACGGGCGUUCAAGCCAGAGGGCAGACAUAGACGACUGACCCACGGAGGAAGUGACACCACCCCCACUCCGCAGCCUUCCGGGGGGGCGACACGCACCUACCAACAGUCAGUCAGCGUUGCUUCCUCGUUUUCUUUGCAGAUUGAAGUGUCAGCUCCUGCUGCUGUUUGCUUUAAUCCAGGAAGGAUUAAUCGGACCUGAAACAUCCGACACCAACAACCACCUUGUUCCCAAACAAAUAACUGGGAAACAUCUGUAACAUGUGCCUUAUCUUAUCUCUCACUCAGAGGAAGAAAAUGAUCCAAGCUGUCAGUCAGUCAAUGAAGUGACGUUGCGAAAUUUCUGGUCAGAUUUCUCAGUCUAGAUUGACUGACUGGCCAAAAAACUGAUGCUAACUUUAUGCUCUGAAACUGAGCAUCACGCUAGAGACCUUAUCAUCUCAAUUAACCCUUAAAACUCCAAGCUGUCAUUGCUAUUUUUGUUCCGUUUGUUUUUUUCUGUUUAAAAAAACACCUGGUCCACCUGAUUUUCUGUAAUGUUAAACUGCAAGUAGAAGCUCAACCCUUUUAAUCCCAGUCAGCAUCCAGACAUGAUGUUUCCAGCCUCAGUUGUCAGAUUAUGAGGCUAAAAUGAUGUAAAAUGAAUGUAUCAAUAGAUAAAGUGGCAUAAAGGGCGACCAGAAGAAGACAACUGAAUUUAUUACUAACAGAACUUUGUAGAAAUAACACACAGAUCAGCAGUGACCAAGCCUUUUCUCAUCUGCACAUCAUUCUUUCAAGUCUUGGUUUUCAGGAGAAAAAAUAUUGUCAUUGAAACAAACACACAAGAAAAACAAUUUACAUAUUUACGCUUUGGAGCCAACUUUGAUCCUCCCUUCUUAAAAGGUGAUGAAGACCCGUUAUUUUCCCAUCGUGCAUCUGCAUCAGUUGGAGGUUUGUCUGUAAAUUCAUGUCAUGCUCACACCCUUCAACCCUUAAAACUCCAAACCAUUUUUUUCAGAAUUUGAUCAUAAUUUAAAAUAAAUGUAUCAAUAGAUAAAGCAGCAUAAAGGCCAACUAAAACAAGAAAACAGAAUUUAUUAUUAACAGAAUUUUGUAGAAAUAACACACAGAUCAGCAGUGACCAAGCCUUUUCUCAUCUGCACAUCAUUCUCUCAAGUCUUUCAUGAGAAGAAAUAUUACAUA